AUGGCUGCCGAGAAGCCCUUCAACCAAGCGGGGAAAAUGCUCUCUAAGGAGUCUGUCGAGAAGCCUGACAUGACGGACGAAGUAACCAAGACUCUUGGAACUGAGGCCGUUCAGGUCGGAGUUAAGAUAGUAAACGGACGACGUUUCACUUUUCGCGAUCGCGAUAGCAAUGGAAAACUGCUUCCACCAAAUAAGCAUUGGACCGACGAAGAGGGAAACUCCGAGGGACACGACGAGGAGUUGUGGGAAAAGAAGUUGCUUCUACGCGAUUGGAUCUAUGGUCGCAUGUCUCCCGAAGAAUUCGAUGCCCACUUUCCUUGGUAUAUGGGCCCCCCUAAGGAAUGGUAUAGGAUCAACAAAGAAGCAGAUGGGAUGCCGCAGGAAGAGAAAGAGGACGUAUCUGAUGUCCGAUCUUCAGAUCCCCAUGAAUUCAACGAAAACAACGGCAAGGAAGAUGAUUCCCGCUACGAAGAUGAUUCGUGGAUCGAAAAGACUAGCUGGAAUGAAGAAGAAGCAGGGUGGAUCGUGAAUGAUCACACCCUGAGCAUGCUGAUCGAUGAAUACUAUGCUUGCCUCAAUGGGGAUGAUGGUGACCUUUCGCCUCAACCCAGCAAGGAACCCCCCAAGACCGAGGAAGGUUUAGUGGAAGGGCUGCCAGAAAACAAGGCCAUAAAGGAUCACCACCUCGCUGAAGGAGAAGCCGAAGAGUGGCUGGAGCGAGAGGAUCCAAACAAGCCUCGCUAUGCCUCCUACUAUGGAGAUGGCAGUGGACUUCCCCUACGACCUGGUAUGGGACCGCCGAUGACUGAGGAAGAAUACCAGGAGUCCUGGAAGAAGUCAAUGGAGCCUUUCGAGAUUGUCUGGAACAAGACCGAGGAGGAGCUUGAUGCUCAGCAUUCGGAAUACAAGGAUCACUACUGGACAGAAGAAGAAGCCGCGAAGUUGCUGGAAGGGGACAGUGACGACGAACUUCACCCCUAUGCCUCCUACUAUGGAGAUGGAGAGGAGUCGUUCAAGAAGUGGCGAGUUGAAGAGGACAAGAUUUUCAAUAUGUCUGAUGAGGAGUUCUAUACUGACUCUCCGAAACGCGAGCGCAAUUUGGAAUCGCUUUGUACCGAGGAGGAAGGGUUGCGCUUGAUGGAGGAAUGUGAAGAAGAUCAUGCCCGCAGAAAAGAAGCCAUGAUUCGUAAAUGGGAGGAAUCCAGCAAAGCAUGCCCUGAAAACCAACUGUAA